UGCAAUUUCCGAGAGGGGGGCUUUCUGCCCCGGGCUCUGCCCACCCCAGCCCAGCCCUGAGCGGGAGACUGCGGGCUGCAGAGGAGCAUCCCUGUUUUGUGCCGGCUUGGCUCAGCUUUCCAUGGGACAGGGAAGGGGAAUGGCUGCAGUGGAGCCAGUUCAGGGGUCGGUGACAUUCGAGGAGGUUGCUGUGUAUUUCACCAAGGAGGAGUGGUCUCUGCUGGACCCUGCUCAGAGAGCCCUCUACAGAGACGUCAUGCAGGAGAACUAUGAGAACGUGACCUCACUGGCAGGGUUUCCAGUUUCCAAACCUGAUGUGAUCUCCCAGCUGGAACGAAGGGAUGAGCCAUGGGUCUCAGAUCUCCACGGCUCUGAAGAAAGAGAGAUCCCAAGAGGUGCCUGCACAGGUGAGGGGAUGGUGAAUGAGAAUGAGGAACCGAAUCCUCAGCCAGAAGAGGCUGAGCAAGUGGAACUGCAUGGGGCAUUAGUGCAAAGAUCCCAGUUGAUUGUGUCCAGGAGCCAUGAGCAGGGAAAAGCCUGUAAGAGUCAGCACAGACCAGAGAGGCAGCAGGGAACCCAGCCAGGGAGAGAAAUGGGUAACUCCAUUAAUUAUCGGGGAGUUUACAAAGACUGCAAGGAAACCAGAGCCCGGAAGAGAAUCUCCCUGGGAGACAGAAACAACACAUGCACUGAGUGUGGGAAAAGUUUCAGUAGCCACUCACACCUUACAAAACAUGAGAGAAUCCACACAGGAGCCAGGCCCUAUGAAUGCUGUGAGUGUGGGAAAAGCUUCACUCUGAGCUCUCACCUUAUUAUACAUCAGCGAAUCCACACAGGAGACAGGCCCUAUAAAUGCUGUGAGUGUGGAAGAAGCUUCACUGACAGCUCAACCCUUAUAAGACAUGAGAGGGUCCACACAGGAGAGAGACCCUAUGAAUGCUGUGAGUGCGGGAAAAGCUUCACUCAGAGCUCAGCCCUUGUCACACAUCAGAGAAUCCACACAGGAGAAAGACCCUAUGAAUGCCAUAAGUGCGGGAAAAGCUUCAGUCGGAGCUCAACUCUUAUUACACAUCAGAGUAUCCACACAGGCGAGAGACCCUAUGAAUGCUUUGCGUGUGGGAAAAGCUUCAGUCAGAGCUCAUCACUUAGUACACAUCAGAGGAUCCACACGGGAGAAAGACCUUAUGAAUGCUGUGAGUGCAGGAAAAGCUUCAGUUACCGCUCAGACCUCGUUAUGCAUCAGAGAAUCCACACAGGAGAGAGACCCUAUAAAUGCUGUGAGUGCAGGAAAACCUUCUCUCGACGCUCACACCUUAUUACACACCAGAGAAUCCACACAGGAGAGCGACCCUAUGAAUGCUGUGAAUGUGGGAAAAACUUCCGUCAGCUCUCAGCCCUUAUUAGACAUCAGAGAAUUCACACAGGUGAGAGACCCUAUGAAUGCUGUGAGUGCGGGAAAAACUUCUGUCAAAGCUCAGCCCUUACUGCACAUCAGAGAAUCCAUACAGGCAAGAGACCCUAGAGAUGUUCUUAGUGUUGGAAAAACUUCCAUCAGAGCUCAGCCUUUAUUUAUCAUCAGAGAAUCCACAAAGAAGACAAACACCAUUAAAACCUUGUCCAGGGCUGACCAAAAAAUAUUUUCUUUAAUACUUUUACUAAUUACCACAUAGUGAACUUUAAGGCUGCUUGAACCAUUUGUGUCACCAUGGUCCACCAAGCAAGCGAUUUGCUUUUGCUUUUUAAAGCUCACCAUUCUUUGGGGGUGAACCUCUUUGAUCUUUCUAUCAACUCAUUUGAAUUAUGAAUCAUGGGAGUGUAUGUGUCCCUCCUACCAGGAAUCCCCAUCAGCCCCAGAUUGGGUAGCAAAGGUUGAAUUUUAAUGAAUCCAUACAUUGGGGGGGGGGGUAUCAUACCCUAUGACUGCAGAAUUGCUAAUAUAGAACCUAUUUUUAAGAAAGAAAAAAGUGAUCCAGGAAACUAGAGGCCUGUUAAUUUGGCCUCAAAUACAUGCAAGGUCUUGGAAUGAAUUUUGAAAGAGAAAGGAGUAAAGCACAAAGAGAUAAAUGGUAAUUGGGAUAAAAUAUAUCAUGGUUUCAUAAGAUGGUAGAUCAUGCCAGAUCUAUCUGAUAGCUGUUUUUUUAGACAAAGGAAAUAACAAUAGAUCUAAUCUACCUGGAUUUUGAUAAGGCAUUUGAUACAGUUCCAUAUGGGGAAUUAUUAGUUAAAUUGGAGAAGAUGCAGAUUAACACAAGAAUUGAGAGGUAGGUAAGGAACUGGUUAAAGGAGAGACUACAGUGGGUCAUACUGAAAGGUGAACUGUCAGGGUGGAGGGAGGUUACUAGUGGCGUUCCUCAGGGAUCAGUUUUGGGACCAAUCUUAUCAAUAUUUCUUUUACUGACCUUGGUGCACAAGGUGGGAGUGUGCUAAUAAAAUUUGUGGAUGACGCAAAGCUGGGAGGUAUUGCCAAUACUGAGGACCCAAAUAUAAUACACGAAGAUCUGGACGACUUUGAAAACUGAAGAAAGAGAAAUGGGAAGAAAUUUAAUAGUGCAAAGUGCAAGGCAGGCACUUGGGGACUAAACAACAAGAAUUUUUGCCAUAAACUGGGGACUUAUCAGUUGGGAGCAACAGAGGAAGAGAAAGACCUGGGUGUAUUGGUUGAUCACAGGAUGACUAUAAGUGGACAAUGUGAUGUGGCCAUGAAAAAGGCUAAUGCAAUCCUAGGAUGCAUCAGGUGAGAUAUUUUCAGUGUAGACAGGGAAGUGUUAGUACUAUUACACAAGGCACUGUUGAAUCUUCAUCUAGAAUACUGUGUGCAAUUCUGGUCUCCCAUGUUUAAGAAAGAUGAGUCCAAACUUGAACAGGUACAGAGAAGGGCUACUAGGAUGAUCCGAGAAAUGGAAAACCUAUCUUAUGAGAGAAGACUCAAGGAGCUUGGAUUGUUUAGCCUAACCAAAUGAAGGCUGAGGGAGAUAUGAUUGCUCUCUAUAAAUACAUCAGAGGCAUAAAUACUGGGGAGGGAGAGGAGUUACUUAAGUGCCAGUGUUGAAACAAGAACAAAAGGAUAUAAACUGGCCAUCAACAGGUUUAGGCUUGAGAUGAGACAAAGGUUUCUAACAAUCAGAGGAGUGAAGUUCUGGAACAGCCUUACAAGGGGAGCAGUGGGGGAAUAAAACCUAACUGGCUUCAAGGUUGAGCUUGAUAAGUUUAUUGAGGAACUGCCUACAAUGCCAGGUGCCCACCUGCAACUGCUAGUAGCAAAUAUCCCCAAUGACCAGAGAUGGGACACUAGAUGGAGAGGGCUCUGAGUUGACCACAGAAAAUUCUUCCCUGAGUGGCUGGUGGGUCUUGUCAACAUGCUCGGGGUCCAUCUGAUUGCCAUAUUUGCGGUUGGAAAGGAAUUUUUCCCCAGGUUAGAUUCGCCUUCCGUUGCAGCAGGGUCACUUGCAGGUUUAAAUUAGAAUAAAUGGUGGAUUCUCUAUAAGUUAAAGUCUUUAAAUCAUGAUUUGAGGACUUCAGUAACUCAGCCAAAGGUUAGGGGUCUAUUACAGGAGUGGGUGAGCGAGGUUCUGUGGCCUGCAAUGUGCACGAGGUCAAACUAGAUGAUUAAUAGUCCUUGCUAGCCUUCAAGUCUAUAAGCUACAGUGCGGGAUAAUCUACCUGUUAUUCUCAUGUAAAACACAGCUAUUCUUGUAGUAAAGGCAUAACCAUGGCCACUAUACACAGGCCAUCUAGCACAUUUCCUCAUGACCUGAACUAAGCUCCAUCCCUUCUCCUAGUCUAAACAAUCCUGGAGCAUCACAUUUAUACUGUUCCCCAACUGCAGUGUGUCACCAAGUUCUCCACCCCCACCCCAUGUCUCAUUCUCAGUUGUUUUCUCGUUGCCCUGGAGUGAGCUGAACAGUUAUUUUUGUACCAUUUUUCUCAUUUAAAAUGUAUUUAAAUAUAAUAAAGAACAGGA